UAUUUAUUUUAUAAAAAUCAAAUUUGUCGUGGAAAUAGUUUAACAUUAUUUAAGCAAGCCUGGAGUUACAAUUCUUUGUUUUUAUUUGUACUAAAAAACGGAAAUUAUAUUCCAAACUCUUCCAUAGACCGCAUAAAUUCAAAUAGUUUAAAGAUGGCAGAUGGCGUGAAUUUCACCAUGGCUCCUUUUCCACCGGACGCCAUAGAGUAUUCGAGUACUGAGGCUGAACCCAAGAGCUCUGGAGCUGAAGACCCUUUGCCAAGUGUCUUGGUAACGGGCCUCUUGGUCCUGGGACUCAUAGUUUGGCUUAGAAUGAUCUCCAAGUGGGUAACUGUCAAAAGAGGAUUAGUAGAGCGAAAUUCUAAGAAAGUUCUGGAAGGAAGGAAAACUCUUAGCAGAAGCCAACAACGUAUCUAUUGAUUCUCGGGUUAAUUGUAUCGCAAAGCGCCCAUUUAUUUCAGCUUAAUUUGUAUCUAUAAACAACUAACCACUGUUGCGAGGCGAA